AUUGUAGGGCAAUCAUAAUCGCGCGAGUGUUAUCACAAGAUAAUAUUGUCAAUACCUUGUUCUUGCAUUAACGUUUUAUAGCAUCUAGUAAUAAUAAGAAUAAUAUUACAGUUGGUAGUGUUAGUCAGUAAACUUGAGUAAUGUGUUAAUGACUCGUAUUCUGUUUGUUUUCUGCUGGAACAAGUGGUUCGUUUAGUUUGUGGUUUGACCUGGUGCACACUUUUUGGAAUUUAAUAACUGAAAAAUACCUAUCUAGCGAAAGCUGGUGAAACACGUAGCCACGUAAUAAUUCUAUGAUUGAAUAAAACGAUACAUACAAGUAUUACAGAUCUGGCAUCGAGUUAGCAUAUCGAAAAUUGGCACAGGAACAUCAUCGCGAUUAGCUCGAACGGCGAUCUGUCGCGCUCGUCCAUCCGUGUAAAUAUUAUUUUCACUGGAAAAUUAACAGCAUCAUACCAUCGCAUCGGUCGAGAUUUGGAAAAUCGACGUUUUCUUGUAAACAGUAUUUUUUAAGAGUUUGUGUUGUGCUGAAUGGACAUGUCUGUGCCGUGUUUGGGUAGGAGACGGAGCUCUUCAAUUAAACAAGAAUUCUCGGAAAAGGAACUAAAAGAAUUACGGACAGCCUUUGAUCUUCUGGACCGAAACCAAGAUGGCAAAGUAACCACGAGAGAAUUCAAAAUCAUGCUCAACAAUUUAGGAAUCGACCUCAAAGAGGAUAAAGUGGAAGCAUUAAUAAAAUGCGCCAGUCAUGCAGGUAAAGAGUUAAUAGACGAAAAUGACUUUCUAAAAUUUGUCAAACAAAUACAAGAGAUGUGUCCUAUAAGAAUGAAAAGUGGUGAAGACGAUCAGGAUCUCUUAGCAGCAUUUAAAGUCUUUGAUAUGGAUAAUGACGGUUUUAUCACUAAAGAUGAGCUGAGAAUAGCUAUGGAAAUGAUCGGCGAAGAUGUGACAGAAGAUCAGUUGGACCAUAUUAUGGAAGUAGCCGAUACAGAUAAGGACGGAAAGAUUAACUAUAAGGAGUUUUCACAUUUGCUAUCGUAGCUCUGUGAUUAAAGGUUUUAACUAGUCCGUCCUAAAUGCUAGAGUCAUACAAUCAGGUUGCAUAUUAAUCGAUAACCCAUUUUGUAUAAGAUUUUGUAAAAAAACCCUGUAGCUAAUAGAAUAAAUUAUAUAAGUUAAAAGAAAUAUAAGACUGUGAUUUGUU